AUGAACCCGUUCGUCGAAGCUCCCGAGAGGCAGUUUGACCCGGAGACGUACAUCCACACGUCCACGGGCAACAAGAUCAGUCGCAAUUGCACGCUAUGCGGCGCUCAGAACAUCCACCUACGCGGCAAAACAAUUAUUGAUCCCGGCACAGUCGUUCGUGCAGAUUUGGCCAAAGUCUCGCUCGGGAAGCAGUGCAUUAUCCGAGAAAAGUGCAUUGUGAAGCCAUCGUCGAGGAUCGUUGCAACAGGGCUGGCGUUUAUCCCGAUCAAGGUGGGAAACUAUGUGUACAUUGGCGAGAACUCAGUGGUGGAAGCUGCAAUGAUUGGGUCCUACGUGCAGAUCGGCAAGAACUGUGUCAUUGGCAAACGAGCUAUCAUUCGAGACUGCUGUAGGAUCGAAGACAAUACCGUUGUGCCUGCUGACGCUGUCAUUCCGCCGUUUUCACGGAUUCGUGGCAUUCCAGGAAAAGUGGUCGAGGACAUGGCUGAAGCUACGCAGGAAUUGUGCAUCGGACAGAUUGGCCGCUACUUUGACAACUUUACACCGCAACAAGCUGAGUCGGCGCGCUGA